AUGCUACUGACUGAGGUCAUGAUUGAUGACAAGCUUGUCCCCCUGCCCAACGCUGUGAAGACGAAAGACUGCAAAGGUGUGUACGGGUACAAAGAGUUCGCGGCACAAGGCAUUCUCGACAGGCUGGAGCCGAAAAGGCCGAAUUCCCAGAUGUACGUCGGGGAGCUCGGCAAGAUGGCGGCCGAUGUGACUCUCGCGUGCUCUGAGUCCUCGACGUCUGCCGUGGUCUGGCAGUGCGAGGUGAAAACCGGGGACUUUCUCGCCCCAUCCAAAAUGGUCCUAGUCAACUCUAAACAGGUUGACGUGCCGGUCGGAGACUCGAAGCAGCUGUAA